GCGGCCUGGGCGCGGCGGCGGCCGAGAAGAUGGCGGACGGCGACAGCGGCAGCGAGCGCGGCGGCGGUGGCGGGCCCGGCGGCUUCCAGCCCGCGUCCCGCGGCGGCGGCGAGCAGGAGACGCAGGAGCUGGCCUCGAAGCGGCUGGACAUCCAGAACAAACGCUUCUACCUGGACGUGAAGCAGAACGCCAAGGGCCGCUUCCUCAAGAUCGCCGAGGUGGGCGCGGGCGGCUCCAAGAGCCGCCUCACGCUGUCCAUGGCGGUGGCCGCCGAGUUCCGCGACUACCUGGGCGACUUCAUCGAACACUACGCGCAGCUGGGCCCCAGCAGCCCCGAGCAGGUGGCAGCGGCAGCGGGCGCCGAGGAGGGCGGUGGGCCGCGGCGCGCGCUCAAGAGCGAGUUUCUGGUGCGCGAGAACCGCAAGUACUACCUGGACCUCAAGGAGAACCAGCGUGGCCGCUUCCUGCGCAUCCGUCAGACGGUCAACCGCGGCGGCGGUGGCCCGGGGCCCGGCGGCCUGCAGAGCGGCCAGACCAUCGCGUUGCCCGCGCAGGGCCUCAUCGAGUUCCGCGACGCGCUGGCCAAGCUUAUCGACGACUACGGCGGCGAGGACGACGAGCUGGCUGGGGGCCCGGGCGGCGGUGCCGGGGGCCCCGGGGGCGGCCUGUACGGGGAGCUCCCGGAAGGCACCUCCAUCACGGUGGAUUCUAAGCGUUUCUUCUUCGACGUGGGCUGCAACAAGUACGGAGUGUUCCUGCGCGUGAGCGAGGUGAAGCCGUCCUACCGCAACGCCAUUACCGUCCCCUUCAAGGCCUGGGGCAAGUUCGGGGGCGCCUUUUGCCGGUAUGCGGAUGAGAUGAAAGAGAUCCAGGAGCGACAGAGGGACAAGCUUUAUGAGCGACGCGGCGGGGAUGAGUCAGAGGGAGAGGAGGUGGAUGAGGACUGAAACGCCUAGCUUCCCCUACGGGCCUCCCCACCCCACCGCUAGAGAGCCCCCCUUCCUGUUCAUCCCAGUGAGCUAGUGGAGGGGGAGCAAGGGAGGCCCCAGAAGGAGAAAACAAAAUUUUAAAUAAUAUAGUUAAUUAAGAGAAAUAACCAUAAGAGAGAACAGUCACGGACAAUUAGAGAAAAGCAGUAAAGUUCCAAGGAAUUGACAGCAACCUACAAAGAGAGGACAACAGCGCCUCCUCACUUGAGCAAAAGUCUCAGCUUCUUUUGCUUCCCAGCUGAGGUUCCUAAAUCCAUCAGGAUAAUCCUGGGUGGGGUAGAUCCUUGCACAUUGGCCAAGGAACACCUCUUGAGUUACCCAGACGCACUGAUGACAGCUGAAUUUGUAUUAUACCUGGGUAACCUGGUCUUAAGAUAGUGUAUCCCUUCACCUCCAUUGAAAUCAGCGUUUUGGAUCUAGAUCUUCAUGGAAUUCUUGUGAAGAGAGAGGCAUUUGCAGUUACCCAGUUCUGAGGGUACAAGUUUUAUGAAAAGGAAUGCAACUUUAAGUAAUCAUAGACAGGGCAAAAUAAGAAUUCAAGAAACCACCAGGGAAUACAGAAACAAAUCGGAUCCACUUUUUUUUAAAUGGUUUUGCAUGGAACCUGGAACAAGGCCCAUGUCUUGUCUUUGCAGAAUUAUUUUCCGGGAUGCAAAUGGAUUCAGAUGUCAGUCCUUGAACUAGAAUCCGUUAUUAUAUUUUGGAAGUUGGCAAAAUUUUUUCAAAGGUAAAAGCAGUUUUACAUUGGGGGUUGCUGAGGUAGGCACAAGAAGAAAUCAGGCAUAAAGCACAAGGAAAACUGUUUGAGUGGAUUGGUUGCUGCUCACUAAAGUUCUUCCCCGAUUUCCAAAUAUGGAGGUCAUGUCUUAGAUAUGAAUGAGAGCCAGAUCCCCGUGGCUCCACCGUGUGAGCCAGUGAAUUAUGGCUAAUUCGGCAGUUUCAGCCACUGGUUGGCUGAAUUUUAAACCGUAAAACUUGAAGAUAUCUACGAAAGGAACAGUGGCUACAAGCCUGAGCUUUAAUGGAAUAUAAGUCCUCACAGAAAA